GGCUUGUGCCGCCCUUGGUGUCGUCCGCUCUUCGGAUGCUGGUGCGGCUGAGGCCUGGGAGUCGACAGGAUGAACGGCCUUGAUUGGCUGCCUGGGAGUUUUCAGCAAGGCGUAGCUAGGCUGUGUCUGGUUCUUGGAGUGAUGCUUCGCGUCGCUUUUAGCCUUGGGAUCGCUUAUGGCGGGUACGCGCUGGGUAGAGCUUACCCGGACGGCGUCGACGGUUUGAAGAGGUUGCUGAGAGACCGGAACUUAGCAGCGGCGGGAAGUUCAGCGGCCAUCGUGGAGAAGAAGGUGAUUGGGAACGUGAGAGGGGCUUCGACGAGCCGGCUGCGACCGGAGGCAUCGGGAUCGGUGGCGACGAUUGGAGACGACGAGAUCGGGAUCGGAGGCUCGGUGACAGCGGAUGAUGGAGGAGAGAGACAAAGCGUCGGAGGGGAGGAGGAGGAGUCGGAGGAGGAGGAAGGCGACUCCGAGGAGGAGGAUUCCGAGGAGGCUGGACCAGGCAUGGACAUGGAGAGCGAGCGCAGAGGAGAAUGGCAGCGAAGGCGAGAGGAAAGGCGGCGACGACGGCAGGCGGAGAUCGAGUCUCGAGUGCAGAUGGCUUUCGAGAGAGAGAAGGAGAAAAUGCAGCAGCUGCUCGCCCGGGAGCGAGAGAGGACGCAGAUGCUUCUAGAGCGAGAGAAGCAGAAGGAGAGGAGGAGGGUCGCUGAGGAGAAGGAAUUGGAGAUCCAGCAACUGCGCAGGGAGCUGGAGAGAGAACGGCAGAAGCAGAGGGACAAGUUGCAGUCGUCGUUCGAUCAGGAGUCGGUAAAGAACAAGGACAGGGUGAAGAGAGCCGGUGAUGGCGAGGACGGAGGCCCAGAGAGGAAGGCGAAGAAGUAUGAGGAGGAGUACCAACGGUGGAGAAUAGAGCAUCUGAAGCUGCGCGAUGACAAGGAAAGGCUGGUCGACGAACUGCGGAGGGAGAGGGAUAAGGUGAGGGAGGAGGAGUUGAGACAGAGGAGGGCCGAGGAGGCGAGAGAGAGGCAGUGGAUGGAGGUGGAGGCCAGGAAGGACAGGGAAAGGGAAGCUGUAGAACGAGAAUUUGUAGCGAAGACGAAGAAACUAGAGUCGGAGAAGCUGAAGCUCAGGGACGACCUGGACAAGGUCUUGAGAGACUUGUACAUGGAGCGAGAGAAGGCCAGGAAUCGGGAGAGAGAGGAAUCACAGCGGGAGUUGGCGCGCAGGAGGAGUAGUGUGAUGGCUGCCAAAGAGUCGGACAUUGCCCCUGCCAAGGCUAUUCCGCACGAAAACACUGUUUUCGACGAAUCCACUUUCCAAAAAUGGAUUCAGAUGCGGCUGGGGCGAGAAGAUAAAACGGUGUAUUGGUACUGGACAGGAACGUUGUGUUCGUACCCGGAGUUGGAGACCCUCGCACGGGUGGAGGAAUAUCAUGCCUUGAGGAUGCUGUCGGAGUCGCCGACGGUUAUCAAUGAGUUGUCGAGAAAUGUCACAAUAUUCAGGGACCGGGAGACAAACCAGGUUUUGACAGAUUACAAUAAGGAACCUGUCUCUAGCCGUUGGCACCCCUGCGAUCACACAGUCUACACCCUUGAUGGCCCGAGAUUAAUUGCCAAGGUGACAACGGGAUUUGGCGAAUACAUGCGAACCAGGAUCAACAUUGUGCAGAGUGUGUUCCACUUGCAUUCGACGACAAAGGUCGCUUUCUCAUACUAUGUGAAAGGCAGUCGAUACGAGUACACAAACUACGAUUACAUCAUGGACGAGGCUGCGACCGAGGAGCCAGGCUCAAGUUUCUGCUCGAUGGUUCGUCUGGGCACUUUUCGGCCAUUUGCUGAGAAGGCGGUUGCGAAUCUGAUUGGUUGGCGGAUCGACGAGUACGAUAAACUGCCUCCAACUAUCAAGGAUUGUUUGUCCUCGCAGAACAACCUUUGGCGGGAAGCCCCGAAGAACCUCGACGAGAUCCGCAGACUGCAGAAAGUCUCCUUUGCUCGCUCCUUCAGCACAAGCCGGUCGUCCUCCAACUCCUCGUAGUGUCCAAGCAAUCCUGUUCCGUACCAGAUCAGUACCAUUUUUGUGUGCAAGGUCAGUUUCUCUGUCUUCAUGCGCUGCCAAGUAGCAGUGCUCUCUGUGAAAUGAAGGCUCCUUGGGCCCUUUUUUUUCAAUCUCAUUCUGCACUUUUCUUAAGGUGCGAGCUCGCUCGCAUCAGACUCACUGGUGAUUCGAACCAGCAUAGCAUGUGCUUUCUGCGUGUGUGGGGAAAAAACGAACUCCCCGUGCAUCGGUCUUUUGGGAGUUGAAUUCUUUUUCCGAGCAGGAUUUUUUGUGGAAGAGAGCGGCUCGGUUCAGUCUUCCACUGGCUUCAGUAUUGCUUUUCUUGGUAACGGCGAUUCGACCUUUUAUGUCGAACUGUGAACAACGACUCUGCACUUUGGUAAGCGGCGUUAGAUGAAUCCUUGUGUGCAAUCUGCAUUUUUGUCUCCAUAGUCUGCUUGCACAAUGCCGACAUUGAUCAGACCAAGGAUGAAAAUCCCUAGUCUCAAGAAAGUCCAAUGCUGCACAUUAUUUCAAAUGAGGCCCGUGCUCUCGAUCAGUCCAAGUGACGUUAGUGCCUGGAGUAUUGCAUGCUGCAGAUGUCAUAAAUGAUAAGUAUCAUUUUGGAAGCUGCGUGUUUAUUGGCAGAUCAGAGGGUGCCAUUGGUAUGUGGGGAAAAUGACCCCCCACUCUCUCGAUAGGUUCGCUGUGUGGCAACGACCUCUGGUGAAUGUCCAUUGUCGUGUCAACGAGAGAGCACGCUCAACUCCCAUUCUCAUCUCGGCUAGCAUCCCUUCGUAUAGUUUUCGGGCGCUGGCAUUUUUAUUUAUCUCUGUAUAUUUAUCCUUUUUGCCUUUUCGUGUUCGGCCUGUGCACAGGCAAGAUGAUACUGUGGCGGUAAWGGCAGCAGAUCACUUUCGUAAUCGCCAUUUGCUCCUCGUGCCUGCGACCCGAUGGCGGGACUGACUGCAGUGUCACCCUAGCGUCCCCGACUGCUGUGAUUUAGCAGUCGUGAGUAGCGAUAGAACUAAAAGGUUGAAAUCGCGUUUGAUCUCCAAACUUAUUGUUUUUGCCUCUCUUCGUCUCGGCCAAGUUUUGAGCACCCGUUUACACUUCUGAGUCACCGCUGGCAGCAAUAAACAGUGCACCGCAAGUUGCGCUGGCUGUAUUUGUCUCCUUUCCAAGGCAUGCAGGUGAAUAUACACUGUAAUGAUAGUAGUAGUAACCCASAAGCUCCUCUCCUGCCUCUCGCGGAGGGCAAUCGCCGAUUGCCCCCACCCAUGGCUAACACCGAAAGCCUUCCAUUUGUCACCUUCGGGCUAAGGCAAGUCCGUCCUUUUGCGGUGCUUGUUUGCUCACAUGAGUUCGAACAUGCAAGUGGCAUCGUAUGUGGGAGAAGGAAUGGCUAUAAUGCUCAAGACGGGGACAGUACUUUCUGCAAAGUGCCCAAAGAAUGGACACAUUGACUGAACUUGUGCUCAUGAUUCUCAGGGAGUGUUGGGAUGAGGAGCAGAUGGAUAAUCAACAGGAGGAAAGAGGGCAGAAGCAACAGCAUCGAGUGGGUUAUCGACUCUACUGUUUGUCUCGCCUGCUGCUGCUAUUUUGGAGCGUGGCGAUGCUGGAGCCAUGAAGGAAAGUCAAGGUAGCAUGACUGUGUAAAUAGUGCUAUCUCUAGAAUGUGUAUCGUAUUGUUUGGUUAUGGGUGGGAGUAUGAGUUAUGUCUGCGCAUGCAGGCAUGUGGGGCUCGUGUCCUUUUGCUAGGUUUGCUAUUUUCUGCCAAGAAGGGCUGUCUCGCUCUUUUUGUUUUGUGAGAAAGACAGCCUUUCAUUUGUUGCAGUUAACAAAACACACACGCCAUGUCGAAUAGAUAAUUGCAGUGUGUGUGCUUUUUGAAGUUUGAACCUUAUUCUCAACCCACUCUUUUUUCAGUACAUUGCAAUUUUGCAGCCAUUCGGAAAAUUGCAUGCGCAGGUUAUAAGCUGUUUACCUGUCGAUGUUGUUGGUUUUGUGUCUGGGUCAGGGAAGGAAGAGUUGAAUGCUGAUCUUGACUGUGGUACCUUUUUUUUCUGAGGUACUGGGAUGGGCCCGGAGACAAGGACCUGUAAAUAAAUCUUGUGGCCUGCAUGUGCCUCGCAUGUCGGCCGUGUGUGUAUAUACGACCGUAAUAGUAUGGAAUUUGUCAGCCUUUGAUGUGCAGUUAGGAAGAUGGUCUUGACGCAGAUACAGCUCCGCUCUGCCUCUCAUGUCGGCCGUGUGUGUAUAUACUACCGUAAUAGUAUGGAAUUUGGAAGACUUUAAUGUGCCGUUAGGAAGAUGGUCUUGACGCAGAGACAGCUCCGCGCAUGCUGGAUUACAUACAUAUUUAAUGAUUUCAGUGAUUCAAUCCUUGUGAGUCGUCAUUGUGUUUGUUUGUGGUUAUGCGAUGAAGUGAUUUGUCGAAACAAUGAAGUGAUUUGUUGAUAUAAUGGGGGUGAAUGGGAUAACAGAACUCCUCCAUUCUUUUUGGUGAAUCAGUUCAAUGAAGUUCAACCGGAAAG